UACAUAUCGCCCACGUCAGGUGAUUAAUCGAGUAUUGUUAUUGCGCAACUGUUGUUCGAGCGCCGAGGACGAGGAUGAUGAUCCCGAUGUGAAGGCACAAAGGGAGAAAGAGAGGCGGCAGGCGAACAAUGCUAGGGAAAGGAUACGUAUCAGAGACAUCAACGAGGCGUUGAAGGAGCUCGGUAGAAUGUGCAUGACGCAUUUAAAAACGGACAAACCUCAGACGAAGCUGGGUAUCCUCAAUAUGGCUGUCGAAGUGAUCAUGACGUUGGAGCAACAAGUCAGAGAACGAAACCUAAAUCCAAAGGCAGCGUGUUUGAAGAGAAGGGAGGAGGAGAAGGCAGAGGAUGGACCUAAACUACCCGGCCAUCUGGCGGCGCACAUAGCUCAUCCUCAUCCCCAUCCCCACGCGCAUUCUCAACCCCCUUUCUCCGCGAUGCCUGGACCUCCGCCGCCGCUUCAACACAAUCCAUCGCAGCCACAGUAGCAGCGGCUCAGUGGCGGUAUGAUCCUGUGCUAAGGGGUAGAUACGGCUUAAACUUGUCAUAGGAUUUUUUCAAAGUUUUCCAGGACUCGAACAUACAGACAAGAUCUUUCUCCCGAUCGUGCCCGAUCGUACCGAGCCAGAACAACCCUUUCACGAUCGAGAGUUAAAUAUUUCCCUUUCUUUCUUCCUUCCUUCCUUUCUUUCUUUCUUUCUUUCUUUCUUUCUCUCUUUCUUUCUUCGUCUUUUCAUCAUACAAGAUUUACACUUUUCGAGCACAUCGUUUCGCCGAAGAUUGUCGUCAAAAAGAAGUAUUUUUUCACCGAUAUUAAUGAAAAAGUAUCUUUUCCAUCAAAAAUUUCGGUCUUGAAAGGGUUAUUACGUAUAUAUAUAUAUAUAAUAUACAUAUAUAUAUAUAUUUAUAUUUAUGUAUAUAUAUAUGUGUAUAUAUAUAUCGAGAUUCUUCGAACGAAUGAAAUUUCUGUUACGCUCUCGCGUAUGAAAUUUGCUUUCCAUUCUCCAGCUGAGAUAUGAUGGUAGACGAUGGUAGAGCGAGCGUUGUCGAAAAAGAGUUGGAUGCUGCGUUUCCGUGAAUGAAGAAUGGAAAAUUGCCGGAUCCGAACGGAACGCGAACGAGUAGUGCUCGGUAUAUAAUGUGUAAUAAAUAUAUAUUCGUUAACACAACAACAACAAGUUUCCCUUGGUUCACUUACCUUGCUCGCGCGAGGAGGCGCCGCGUACGAGGGGAUCAUCGUACGAGAGGGAAGGAAAGUUUCUCUCUGUAUGUUUAUGAAAGAGGAAUGAAAAGCGUUGUUAGUAGAGGGAAAGAAGUAAACGAUCGCGUGUGCUUUUAAGAGGCAUCUACCCCCCUUCCACUCCCCGAAGGCGGCUUGAAAUUAUUUUUAUAAAUAGCGAGAAAACAAAGGAAUAUGGUUCCUCUCUUUCGAGAUGUAAGAAAACUUUACGUGUAGUACGAUCGAGAUUUUACUAUGAGGCGAUCGAUCUCCCCACCCCUCCCGCUACCGGUACGUACAUCUCCUCCUCCUCCUCCUCCUCUUCCUCUUCCUCCCUCGUCCACCCAUUCCCUCCCUCCCAACCCCGUUCUCUUGUUGAAGUUGCCCACUUUUUCUUGUGUAUGUAAUCUAUCGAGAUAUCGUUGCGUUGUGUUGCGUGUAGGGCGGACAGCUCCUGGAGGUGUGCAUUCCACCCUUGACACGGUGGAAAAAGAAAGAAAGGAAAAAAAAAAGGAAAGAAACGAAAAGGCGACGACGAGAGAAAACACGUGACAAUGACCGAGGAUGAUCGCAACAUGAACGGCGCGUUUCGCGAGCUCUCGUUGCUCAUCAUCGAUGAUCGAUUCUUUUUAUUUUUUAUUUUUUAUUUCUUUUCUCCUUCUCUUUCUCUCUCUCUCUCUCUCAGAUAUUCGGAUUAUAAUUCGUGUAAAUAUGGCAAAGAGGGCAAAAAGGGAAUCGCUGGUUCUUUUACGAUGGUCCUCGGUGAUUGGUGAUAAAAGAAUAAAAACUGUAUAUAUAUAUAUUGAAGAGACGACUGUUUUCGCGAGCGUUCAAUCGUGUGAAUCGAGGUCCCGUGAAAGUUGGUUCUUGGCAAAUUUUCUGUACUUACUUACCUACGCGUGCGAACGAGAGUUGAUCGAGAAAGAGUAACGAUUGACGGAGAAAGGAAGGGAAAGAGGAAGAGGAGAGAGCGAGAGAGAGAGAGAGAGUGGGUGUGCGUGUGCGUACGUGUGCGUGCGUGUGCGUGCGCGUGAAGAAGAAAAGAGAGGAGGAAUCCGCGUUUUGGAUUCCGCGGUGCAAGCACGCGGUGGAAAUCGUUUCUUUGUUAGCGUUUCGGACCAUGUGCGAAGGAAGAAUAUAUAUAUAUAAGUGCAAGGUUUUUUUAAUAAGAAUACGUGAGAAUAUGUGUAUAGAUAAAUGAUAGGGAAAGGAGAUGAGAACGAAA